UAAGCGGAAGCAGCUUGGGCUGUUGUGUGCAACUUGAUGCCGGGUCCGAGCCGGACGCUGAUGCGGAUCUUCAUCUCCAGACUUUUGGAAGUUGGGAAUCUUUAAAGACCACUUGUCCUUCCAAAGCCUGAGGCCAUAUAAAAGUAGAGAUAAUGCUUCCAUCCUUUAAGCCAAUCCAAACAGGCCACAUAUGUAAACGACACUCCUAAGUUCCUUUAGUUGCGGCUGCUUGUUGACUCAUUGAAGGAACAUUCCCGAUGGCGCACAGGGUUGCCUUAAGGGCCCAACACCCUCGGUCCAUCUGGCUUAUGGUGCUGCCGAUUCUCCUCACCGUCCUUUUGGUGGCAGUUUGGGCAGAGGGCCAGGACUACUAUGAAUUGCUGGGAGUCAGCAGGGAAGCGACGACCAAAGAGAUACGACGGGCCUUUAAGCAGCUGGCGCUCACCAUGCACCCUGACAAAAACCCUGGUGACCCCUCAGCCCACGAGAAGUUCCUGCAGGUCAAUCGUGCCUAUGAAGUUCUGAAGGAUGAAGACCUGAGAAAGAAAUAUGAUAAAUAUGGAGAAAAAGGGCUGGACGAGCAGCAGGGCGGACGCUAUGAGAGCUGGAACUACUACAGAUAUGACUUUGGUAUAUAUGACGAUGAUUUGGAGAUCAUCACGCUGGACAGUGGAGACUUUGAAGCAGCAGUGAACUCUGGAGAAAUCUGGUUCAUCAACUUCUAUUUCCCACGAUGCUCCCACUGUCACCAGCUGGCUCCGACGUGGAGGGAUUUUGCCAAGGAGAUGGAUGGUGUGAUCAGGAUUGGAGCGGUGAACUGUGGAGACAACAAUCAUCUCUGCAGGAGGAAGGGCAUCAACAGCUACCCCAGUCUGUACAUAUACAGAUCAGGACAGAGACCAGAGAAAUUCAAUGGGGAGCGCAAUAGAGACAACCUGGUUCGCUUCUCCAUGCAGUUCAUCACCACAACCAUCACUCAGCUCUGGCAAGGUAACGUGUUCAGCGAGAUAGAGAGCGCGUUCUCGUCAGGGCUUGGCUGGCUGAUCACCUUCUGCUCUGACAGUGGAGAUUGCCUGGAGCCAAGAACGAGACAGAAGCUGGCAGGAAUGUUGGAUGGUCUGGUUAAGGUGGGAUGGAUGGACUGCACAGCAGAUGAACAGAUCUGUGCAAGUUUCCAGGUGACCAGUGGAGCAACUGCUUUAUUCCCACCUGGAAGUGCUUUGAAUAAACCAGACAGUGUACUUUGGCUGAAUACUCUGGACAGUAAAGAAAUUUAUAAUCAGGUCAUCAACCAUCUACCUGAUUUGGAACUUCUCACCAGCGACAGUUUCCAGAGUAAAUUGGCCCAUCAUCGCUGGUUAAUCAGUUUUACAUUUGGUAACAAAAACUCUGCCUCCAACGAGUACAAGAAGCUACAAGCUUUACUCCGAAAUGACCACAUACAGGUUGGCAGAGUGGACUGUAUAGCGGACUCAGAGCUGUGUCAGUCUCUUUACAUUCAUAAACCCUGUAUGGCUGUCUUUAAAGGACUGGGAAUCCACGACUUUGAGAUCCACCAUGGCAAAGAUGUGUUGUACAAUAUUGUGGGUUUUGCGAGGGACAGCGUUCGAGCUUUUGUCACCACUCUGGGGCCGGACAACUUUCCUUCAGACAGAAAGGAGCCGUGGCUCGUCGACUUCUUCGCUCCGUGGUGCCCCCCGUGUCGAGCUUUACUGCCGGAACUGAGAAAAGCUUCAAUCCAGCUAGCUGGGCAGAUGAAGUUUGGCACUUUGGACUGUACCAUCCAUCACAACCUCUGUUCUAGAUAUAAUAUUCAGGCUUAUCCCACCACAGUGAUCUUUAAUGGUUCUUCUGUGCAUGAAUAUGAAGGCCAUCAUUCAGCUGAUGGCAUCCUGGAGUUUAUACAGGACCUGGUUAAUCCAUCUGUCCUGAUUUUGGAUCCUUCAAGCUUCACAGAGAAAAUUAAAGGUCGAGAUGAAGGACAGAUCUGGGCAGUAGAUUUCUACGCUCCCUGGUGUGGUCCCUGUCAGGCUCUGAUGCCUGAAUGGAGACGCAUGGCCCGGCUGCUUUCAGGUCAGAUCCUGGUCGGUUCGGUCGACUGUCAGCGCUUUCAGUCGUUCUGUCAGAGCCAGAGUGUGAGAGCAUACCCAGAAAUCCGCCUGUACCCUGGAAACAGCCGGCAGCCAGAUCGCUAUACGAGUUAUAAUGGUUGGCACAGAGAUGCCCAUUCACUGAGAACAUGGGCACUGAGUUUUUUACCCAGAGCCUCUGUGGACCUUACUCCAGAGACCUUCAGAUCUCUGGUUCUGUCAGGUCGGGAUCACUGGAUCCUGGACUUUUAUGCCCCCUGGUGCGGACCCUGUCAACACUUUGCCCCGGAGUUUGAGGUCCUAGCUCGGAUGCUUAAAGGCGAGGUCCGGGCAGGGAAGGUUGACUGUCAGGCUCAUUAUCAGACCUGUCAGUUAGCUGGAAUCACCGCCUACCCAACUGUCAGAUUUUACCCAUACCUGGGAAAAAAGAGGCAUGAACAGAGUGGGGAGCAUAUCAAUAGCCGAGACGCUAACGUGAUCGCUGACACCGUCAGACAGCGGCUACAACAGCUGUUGCCACGGUUACACAAUAAGCCAAAGGAUGAGCUGUGAUGGAAGCGGGCGGUACUGUGAGGAAGAUGAGCCACCUGAUUGGUCAGGUAGAGACAGAAGUGAAUUUGAUUGGCCCAGCAAGAUGAUCAAUCGGUCAACACUCCUUUAUAGAAGCUACAGCUGGAACACUGGGACCGACUGUUACCUGCUGUGCUGAAUGUACUGAACACUUCUGCCUUGUUUAUGUUUGGUUUAUAAUUGUCUCCAUUGUUUCUAUUUACUCUAUGAAGUAAAACUUUGGGACACUGUGUAUUGAUCAUGUUACUGACACAUACACACACACUCACCGAUCCAAAUGUUGACAUAGUGUUGUAUUUUAUUGCUCAUGUAAAAACUGUUUGAGAAUAAAACGGUUCGUUUCUGUUAGAUGUGUGUGCAUCCCUGUGAGUUUUACAACCAUCCCUGCAGGUUAAAUUCAAAGUAUACAAAGAUGUUGACAAGAUUCAGAAAAAAGAAAUAAUCACAAAGUAUUAACUCUUUCAAUUACUUUGUUUUUUUCUCAAGCAAAAGUGCCAAGCAUUUCAAUCUCAUGGUUUCUCAACACUGUUGCUUUUCUGUGUGUCAAACUGAGUUUUUGGGGAUUGGAUAGGGGUGCAUCCAGAGGGACAUGAGGUGGCAAUAGCCCCGCUGAAAACAUGAUCGUCCACCUCAAUGCUCUGUAUGGACCCCAGAACGUAAACACACAGCUGUAGAUGUUUUCUUAGUUAUUCACACUUUGACCAGCAGGUGUCACUGUUCACUCACUGUUCACUCACUGUUCACUCACUGUGUCAUCUGGCUGAAAACUAGGAGACAGGAGCUUAAGAAAAGUUGGAUUGACAAGAUAAAUACGUGCAGACAGGGUUUAUAAAGUCUCUGAAAAGAGCUCAGAAUAUAUCAAGGAUUGGGUGCCCGCUGAAAUCCUCAGUAAAAAAAAAAAGGUUUAUACUGUUAAUGCGUUAAAGUUAAUUAGAUCAUUAAUUACUUGUUAUAUGUAAUAUGUAUUCCCACAGAAAAAACAAACAAAUAAAACUGAUGCAUUUAUCUUAUGCUCUUGGAAAUUUUACACAAAUAAAAAACAAAACAAAAGCAACAAACUGUAUUGAAAUAAUUUGGAGCUUUUUAAUGGUUUGUAAUGGCUGUGUAUCUUAAGAAGGGCAGCAGGUGUCACUGUUGCUUCUCUGUGCAGUGACUUCCCCAGAAAAGAGUUGAUCAGGAAACAGAACCUGUGCACUGAUUCAACUUUUGGAACACGGGCUUAUCCACAACGGACCUGAGUCACAUUACAUUACCAUGAGAACAUUACAUUGUGUCACGGUUCUGUAUUAUGUGGUCUGAAGAAAACUCAUAGAUUUCUACAAGGCG